CUCCAAUGUUAGCAAACUAAUGUAGGGAAUAAGGAAUCGGUGGGGCUAUUUCGGACAAAGCCAUAGAUUGCCGCUAGAGGGAAGCACGCGACUGCAAAAUCAUUGGAAAUUAACGUCAUCUGUCUAGCUGUCAGUCCUCAAACACAAUGGUGAGGUAAAGUUUGUUUAAAUUUGAAGGUGUGCAAACAUUGAGCCAGAUCCUGUUGGAGACAUUUUCCAGCACUUGUCUUGACGACUUUUAACAGGCACUUGAGAAACCCAGGAGAGGAUUUUACGGUACCAAAAAUGAGAUCUCCAGAUAUUAUUUAUGCUCUAACAACUAUGAUCAUAAUCUUAAUAUGGUUUUUCUCCAUUGACUGUUUAAACCAAAAAGCUGCGAAAUGGUCAUGUAAUACAGAUGAACUUAAUGGUCGCUCAGCAGAAACAGAGACUUCAGAAACAAAUUGUGACAAACGAGGUCUGUUUAAGUCUCACUUUGGUUGUUGUCCAAAUAAAGACUGCCCUGUAGACCAUUUCUCCAUUCACCUUCGCAGUGGAGCAGCCAACGUUGUUCCCCCAAAGAUCUGCUUUAACAAUACAAUCAUUAUGGGUGGAGCUAUGAAUAAUGCAGGACCAGGACUAAACAUUGUGCUAAUAAACGGUGAAACCGGGGAGAUUUUAAGAAGUAGCUACUUCAAUUUAGAAUCUGUAGCUGAGGAUUUACUGAAAUAUCUAAACAAAAUAAAGCCAGGAAAUAUCAUUCUUGUGGCCUCACACAUCAACCCUGCAGCCAAGCUGAAUGAUGAGAUUAGAAAUAUAUUCGCUGGUUUAGGAAGCACGAUGGUCAAAUUCGUUAAUCCCAAGGAUAACUGGGUAUUUGCCGGUUCUUAUGGAAUAAAGAAAGCUAGGCCGUUUGAAAAGCUAAUUCAUUACAAUUUGGAGAACAACGCAUAUGGAGACUGGCCAGAGAUGGGGGAGAUCAUUGGAUGUUUUCCCAGAUCCUUUAACUGAGAUAAACUAUAAAAUAUCUAAUCACAUUUCACCAGAUAUUUGGAACAUUAACAAUGGGACACUAAUCUGCAUAUUCUCAAAAUUUAAGCAAAAUUUAAUUUCACCCAUUAACCAAGGGAUUAUAUGCUUACCUUACU